GAAAGCAAGGCAUUAAAAAAAUUGAGGUUAUGUUGUUAAAUUGAAGGGUAGUGUUGCAACGUCUAUAGACAUUGGUAGGCGUGUUUGAAACUGGCAACUUGUAAAUAUUUGUAAACUAAAUACAAUUGGUUUUAUUUAUUUUUUAAAUAGCAGCAAUUUUUAAAGUUUUGGUACGUUACUAAUAAUGAACAGUAUUUAUGAUGACGAAGAAUAUGUUCUGAAAACGAAAAAGGAUGUCGUCAAAGGAUCUAGGCCGGAGGGCAGAGGGCGGCCGGAACGCCCUCCGCCGGACCGCCCGCCGCCCAGCAACCUCAAGGUGGAGAUGCACACAAUCAGCCUCAGCAAGGAGUCCCAGGAGGCGAUGCUGCAGACCCUCCGGCUGAUCCACGGCCCGGAGUUCCGGCUGAAGGACCAGUCGUCCUACAAGGACAAGGGCAAGAACCUGGGCAGCCAGUACUGGGUGGACCGAGGCCACCUGGUGGUGUCGGGAGGCGUCGACUACUCCAACAAGCGAGGCAGCCAGAUGUCCGACUCGGAGCUGCAGCACUCCUUCGCGCUCGACAGGCUGGCAAGCUACGGCUUCCAGAGGCAGCACUGCGCGCAGGCGCUCAAGGCCACGGGCGAGGACGUGGGCGCGGCCCUGGAGGUGCUGGGCUGCCGCUACUUCGGGCUGGACCUGCCGUUCCUGGCCGCGUACCGGCCGGGCGGGGGGGCCGGCCCCCCGCCGCCGCCGACGGAGGAGGAGCAGGCCCAGCGCGAGGACGAGAAGGGGGCGCUGGAGGCCAUCUACGACGCGGCCUUCAAGGAGACGAUAGCCGGCCGAGUGUGGGAGCUGGGGCUGCGGCUGGACCACCUGCUGGAGCUGUUCUCCGAGAAGACGGGCGGCCCCGAGGACCCCGCCCCCGCCCCCGCCCUGCAGAAGAAGCCCGGCGCCCAAGUGUGCCGCUUCUACCUGAAGGGCAAAUGUAAAUUCACUUACAAUUGCAAAUACUCCCACGACGUGCCGGUUACCAAAGCGGACGCUGCCGAAGAGAAGAAUUAUAAUUUUCAACUGGAAAUCAGGUUCCCAGAAGGUUCGCGCUACCCCCAGGAGCCAGCGCUCUUGUUCCUGAAGACCAAGGCCCCGCUCUUCCCCGCGGAGGCGCUGCUGCAGCUGACCAACUGGCUGAUGCUGGAGGCGCGGGCGUGCGCGGAAGACAACAGCGCGUGCGUCUACACCAUCGCGCAGAUGCUGCAAGACAACGUGGAGGAGGCCGUCCGGAUUGUGCUCGGGCCAUACAAAACAUUUCUGCCCUUCACUGAACCUCUGUUUGGUUCUGGCGGUGCCCAGGACCCUCUGGUCGAAGAAAACACUCUCAAGCCUGAACUGAACGGCGAGCGGACGAAGCGGCUGCCUCGAUCGUCCGUGCCUCUGGAGAGGUUGCAAAGGGAGGACGGCGCGCUGGCCAGCAAGUUCCUCAAGAAGAAGAGCCUGCCCAAGUACGUGAGGUUCAUGGGUGUGCGGCAGCAGCUGCCGGCCUUCGCCAAGCUGCAGGAGGUGCUGGCCGCGGUGAGGCAGCACCAGGUGGUGGUGGUGUGCGGCGAGACCGGCUGCGGCAAGAGCACGCAGAUCCCGCAGUACCUGCUGGACGACUGGCUGGUGCGCUACCAGUCGACGCAGAGCCACGUGGAGAUCGUGUGCACGCAGCCCCGGCGGCUGUCGGCCAUCGGCGUGGCCGAGCGGGUGGCGGACGAGCGGGCGGAGAGGAUCGGCGACACCGUGGGCUACCAGAUCCGGCUGGAGAGCAAGAUGUCGUCGGCCACGCGCCUGCUGUUCUGCACGACCGGGAUCCUGCUGCGUCGACUCGAGAGCGACCCGGGGCUCGCCAACGUCUCGCACGUCAUAGUGGACGAGGUGCACGAGCGCAGUGAGGAGAGCGACAUACUGCUGCUGAUCCUGAAGGAUCUGCUGGAGGUUCGCAAGGACCUGAGGGUGAUCCUGAUGAGCGCCACCGUGAACGCAGAGCUGUUCUCGCAGUACUUCAGCUCCGCUCCAACGCUCAACAUUCCAGGGCGCACGUACCCGGUGGAGCAGGUGUUCCUGGAGGACGUGCUGGAGCAGCUGGACUACGUGCUGGAGGAGGGCACGGCGUACGCGCGCCCCGUGAAGGCCGCCAAGCGGGACGGCGCGGCCGCCAGCCUCGAGGUGGAGCUGGCGACCGCCGACCUCUCGUCGGCGCGCUCCCUCUCCAGCCCCAGGCUGCCCGACGAGGACCUGACCCUGCUGCAGCUGUGCGCCCGCUACCAGGAGUAUAGCAAGCAGACGGUUAAAAAUCUGUACCUGAUGGACAUGUCGAAGAUAAAUAAUGACUUGAUUGAGAGCAUCCUGGUGUGGAUAUUGGAAGGAACGCACCAGUAUCCUAAGGAUGGGUGUAUAUUGGUGUUCCUGCCGGGCAUCGCGGAGAUCAUGUCACUGCACGACCAGCUGCUGUGCCACCCCGCCAUGAGCCCGCAGGCCGGCACGGUCGUGUUGGUGCCCCUGCACUCCACGCUGGGCCACGAGGAGCAGGCGGCCGUGUUCAGGAAGCCCAAACCUGGUGUUCGCAAGAUAGUUCUCUCCACAAACAUUGCAGAGACGUCCAUUACCAUUGACGACUGUGUGUUUGUCAUUGACUCGGGCAGGAUGAAAGAAAAACGGUUCGACGCCAACAAGAACAUGGAGAGCCUGGAGAUGGCGUGGGAGUCGAGGGCCAACGCGAAGCAGCGGCGGGGGCGCGCGGGACGCGUCAAGCCCGGGGUGUGUGUGUGCCUGUUCACGCGGCACCGGCUGGAGCACGUGCUGGCCGCCCAGCCCGUCCCGGAGCUGCACCGCGUGCCGCUGGACCAGCUGCUGCUGCGCAUCAAGACCCUGCCGCGCUUCGCCGCCGACGACGUCCACCAGGUGCUGGGGAAGACGAUCGAGCCCCCUCCGGAGUCUGCCGUCGACUCUGCUCUGGCCCGCCUGAAGAACGUGGGCGCGCUGAACAUAGACAAGGAGCUGACGCCCCUGGGUCGCCACCUCGCCGCCCUCCCCGUGGACGUGAGGAUAGGCAAGCUGAUGUUGUUCGGAGCUAUAUUCAGUUGCAUCGACUCGGCCCUGACCAUCGCGGCGUGCUUGAACUACAAGUCCCCGUUCGUCUCUCCGUUCGGCAAACGAGAUGCCGCAGACGCGAGCAAGAGAGAGUUUGCGACGGGGAACAGCGACCAUCUCACCAUGCUGAAAGCAUACAAAACCUGGCUGGGCGUGCACAAGAAGGGCAGGAGCGCGGGCCACAGGUUCGCUCAGGAGAACUACCUGUCGGACCGCACGCUGCUCACGCUGGCCGACAUCAAGCACCAGUUCCUGGAGCUGCUGGCGAGCAUCGGGUUCGUGAGCCUGGCGCCGGCCCGCCGCCGCGCUGGCGAGGACUCCGUGCUGGAGAUGACGGGCCCGCAGAUGAACGCCCACAGCGGGAACCAGCGGCUGCUGGCCGCCACGCUCUGUGCCGCGCUCUACCCCAACGUGGUGAAGGUGCUCACCCCGGAGAAGAGCUACGCCCCAUCCGUCAUGGGCGCCAUCCCCAUGGAGGUGAAGCCUGAGCAGAUCCGCUUCAAGACCAAAGACGAUGGCUUUGUAGGUGUUCCUGCACCCCUCGUCGGUGAACUGUGCGGUGAGCCGGUUCGCCAGCCCCUACCUGGUGUACCAGGAGAAGAUGAAGACGAGCCGCGUGUUCAUCCGCGACAGCACCAUGGUGCCGAUGCUGCCCUUCGUGCUGUUCUCUGGCUGCGGGGUGUGUGUGGAGCUGCACCGGGGCGACACCGUGCUGUCCCUGGACGACGGCUGGGUCGUGUUCGCCGUCCACUCGCACCAGGUGGCGGAGCUGCUCAGCCUGAUCCGGCAGGAGCUGGUGAAGCUGCUGGAGGAGAAGAUCGAGAACCCGGAGUUGAACCUGCUCGCCGACAGCAAGCUCCAGAAGGUCAUAGCCACCAUCAUCAAGCUCGUCACCUCCCAGUGACGUCCCGGAGCCCCCGGGAGCUCGUGCCAGCCUUGCAUCGUCUCCCAGCGCGAAACCAGGAGAGUCCGUGCGCUUCGCACACGGCCGUUCUCAAAGAGGUGUUCUGUUCAUCCCUAGAAGUUUUUUAAACGAUAUUUAUUCCUAACCGUUUUUUCUUUUCCGUUACCUAAUUAUGAAUUUUAAAUAAUUUUUAGCAUGUCAAAAAAGGUUGAAAAAAAUGUUUGCACUGUGUACAUGAUGCAAUAUUCUAAUGUGUAAAGUUGUGAUGUAUCAUUGUACGUGGGGGGAAAAUCAUGUUUAUUAGGGGGGAAAAAAAUUGACUUUGAUUUAAAAAAUUUUUUUAAGUGUAUGGUUAAGCUCGUUGGUUCAACUAAUAUUUGUCUAUGAAGCAGAGCUAAAAAAUUUGGAGUCUUUGCUGGCAUUGUUAUGUUUGUAUUAGGUAUAGGUAUUAAGUUCAGCCACCAAAACAAUCCGGGUUAAAUUCCUGGCAGGGUCAAACCUUUAUUCCCACAACAAGAAAACCUGGCUGACUUAACCAUUGGCUUUAGGUUUUCCCCACCAAUUCAGUCUGUUAAUGCUCAAUUCCUUAUCUAAUCAUACCUCAACAUCUCUAAAGACUCCAGUGUUGACAAUACGUUAGGCUCUCAUUCAUUCUAUCCAUCGAUCCAUCCAUCCAUCCACCCACAGACAUUUUGCAAACUUUCUGAGUUAAUCAAGUUCUUAAAUCAUACCCAAGUAAAAUUAUUUAAAAACUCUAGUAGUCUAUAACUUCUGGUUAUUAAAUGAUUUGAAAAAAAUAUACAUAUUUUCAUAAUAAAAGUAUUUUCUGAGUAAAACUUGUGACUCAUUCAUUAUCUUUAUGGUUACACAGAUUAUAAUUUCAUGUUCUGUUUUGUUUUUUUCUUGUUAAUACGAAUGCUCAUCCUAGCACUGGUAUGCAUUAGUGGUGUAUCGGUCUGGUGCUUAGUUGUCUGUGUGGUUCUGUGUUCCGCGUUCUCAGUAAGGUAACUGGCUGGAAGAACCGUAAAUAUAAUCUUAACACAGAGAUAUUAACGGUCAAAUCCCUACUUCAGUAGACUUCCGGUAAAAUGCCAUUGUCUGGCGACACUCGCACACGAACAUGUAUUUUCUAACGUUCCUUUAAACCACCGCUGAAUACUUAACUAUCUGCACAGUGAAAGUAAUGGUUUGUAAAUGUUGAAAAUGUUUGGAAAUUGCUAGCUAUAGCGGUUUUUCUUCUCUUUCUUUGUGCUCUUCAUCCCCGCUCACAUGGAAAGAUAAUGUGGACAGGAAGUAUUCGAAGGUAAACAAAACGGUUAUUUGUGCAGAGAUCCCAACUUUUUUUUUGUCCCACUUUUCACUGGGAGAUGAGCAUGAUCAUUUCAAGUGAAAGUAGACCUUUGAAAACAAGGCUCAGUGUGCUUUUGAAUAAAUCUAUUACGAUUUAGAACUGACUGCUUAUGAACUGCUAAUUUAUAAAAUAAAAAAUAAUAGAUGCUAAUUUUUCCAGCUCCUAGCUAUAAGAGCAUCCACUAAUAACUGAUAUAAAAGAAAUAAACUCCCAAGGGGGUGGGUAGGGAAUUUUAAAAUUAAUUCAGUUGUAUUAUUCAUAAAAAGCAGAAGGAACGUGUUCUGCUUGUAGACUUCAGUAGAAAAGCACGCACGGGUACAACAACUAGUAUUUUAUAAUUUACUUAAUCUCUUGUGAACAAAUAUUUACGUUUUUCUUUUCUCAACCGAUUUUAUUUAUUGGUGUGCCUAAAUUAAAUAAUGAACUAGGGACUAGGUGACUUUUUUGUGGUUAGAUUAUAGUAAAGAGGGGUGGGUGCUGAGAAGUCAUACUAAACAGAUGCACACCGUUUAUUAGAACAUAUGUACUUUAUCAUUGGUCUGACUGUUGGAAAUUGUGUGGAGGUUUACAUAUAACAGAGAAAUGAGAAAGGUUUUUAAGAACCGGAACCAAAUAGAGAACUGGGGAAAAUUUAUAACUGACACGUCACUGUAUUAAGCAAGUAGAUGCCAUCUAUCUGGACAUAACUGUGGCUUUGGUACACGGGAAAUUGUGUGGAGGAAAAAAGUAGAACCGAAACUUCACUAGUAUGCAUCAAUGCAAUUAACUGUAGCAUUUAAUGCUUGAGAAGAUAUGAUAUUUUUUUAGAUUUUCACAGUAUUUCUUUGGUCAAGUAAUUUACCUUCUUAUAAUGAGUUUGGAGUUCUAUCCCAUAUAUAUUUACUGUAAGAAUAAAUAAGGAUUGUACAUUGACACUGUAUGCAACCAUUAGAAAUAACAUAUUUCAUUGUACCAACUAUUUAUGACAAGGUUAGGUGUUAUAGUUAUAAACUGAGCAAUGUAAAGUAUGAAAAUUAUUUUCGGUUAUUUAGAUUUUGCUGUAUCCGAGAUUGCAAUAAGUUGUUCGUGCAUCACUGUUAAAGUGAUUCUUGUAUGUCUAGUUAAUCUUAAGGCUGUGUCUGAAUAGUCUUGUCAGUAACUCUUGAACAGUGGAACUUCAUUAUAAAGUUCUUCACUUUAAAACAAUUAUUUCCAGAUCCCUCCGUACGAGUUGUUUUAUCAUUUUAGUAACAGUUCAAUAUAAAGUACCUUGAAUAUGAAGUACUAAAAAUGUGGGUUUUCUUCAGGCAUGUUGUAAUGAGAUUUCACUGUUUUAAUUAAUGUAAUGGCUGUUGCAAUCUUCUGCACUGACUAGUUAUUUUAUAUGGCAAAUAGGAUGUGGUGUUAUUUACUCAUAUAUAAUUUUUAUUUAUCCAAUUUUGAUUUUUAUCAAACAAGAAUGACCCGAUAGAGGAAUGGAAUGUAUGGCUACCACUCAUAGUUCAUACCUUCAGUGAGUAAGCAAAAUAGAAGUAUCAAAUUAUUUUUUAAAAAAUUUUAAAUAACUUUUUGAACUUGAAAAUUGGGGCUUUUUUCUAAUCAAUUAGCAUUUGUUUUAUUUAUUUGGUUCUCUGAUACACACGGCAAAUUCAUCAACAUUCUUAAUGAGAACUCCGAGAGGAGAGGUUCACUCCCUCCCCUCCCCCCCCCCCCCCCCCCAACCCUGAAGUACGUUCUUCGAGAGUAAGUUAUUUAGUAGUAAGGUGUGUGGCACAAGACACAGAGUCACUGUCACUUUAAGAUAAAAUGAUAACUACAGGUUUCAAAACCUGGACAGGGCUGUGUGUUUAGUAAACUACUUAAAAAACCAAUACACCUAUAUGAAUAUUGCUCCUCACCUUUAACAGAAAAAAAAAAAAACAUGUUUUUUUUAAAAUUAAAGUGCAUCUUAUUUUUGAUGGUAAAGACUUUUCUUUCAGUGAAAAUUAAAAUAAAAAAGGAGGUAUCCAUUUUGGAAUUGAUAGCAUCUUAGAUUUGAGAAAAUAUUGUAUUUAUCAGGGGUAAUAUAUGUUUAUUUAUGAUUUUGACUCUGACAAUAACAUGCCAAAGACAAAGGAAGAGUAUGAAACAUUAUACUUUUAGAGAAAAUCUGGACACAGCACUUGGGGGAUAGUCUAAGUUUUACAGUCUGAUAAAAUAAGUCAUUGCCUCACAACUGCUGUCUAUAAACAUACUGCGUGGUUUGGUAUUUUGAAUUAAAAAUCCAUUGUGAAAUUGCAGACAUUUAUCAUUGUGUCUACUCCUGCUAACAAAAGCAGUCAAAGCAAUCAAAAAUAAAUAUUUUGUUGCCAACUUAGCAUGGUCGCCGUUAAGAGACUAAUGUUACAUUUAAAAAAAACAGUAGUAUAAUCAUGUAGUUCAGCAGUCACAUUUGAAAUUUGGUAAAUAAAUUAAGAUUAUAAGUGUAUUUAAAAAAUAAUAAUAAUUUUUACUAUGGGUUUAAUAUGCUAGGAAAAGAAAACUAAAGGAAAAAUCUGCAAUUAGGUAAUUAAUUAUAAAAAAACAUAAACCUAAAGCCAUAAAGGUAUAACAAAUCACCUGGGACAACUUAUGUUUUAAACUAACAUUAAAUUUUGGUGCAUGGUAAAAAAUUGUUUGCAGAAUUCUUUUUAAAUUGUACAAUACAAUACUGUAUCACAAAAAUAAAGAUUUUUUUUUCCCACGCUAUGGAUGUUUUAUACUUAAAAAUAUUAGAAGUAAAGAACUAGUAAGUCAAUAUUUUAAUAAUCUUUUCUGUGGUUGUAAAAUUCUACAUAUUCCAUAUCAUAGUGAAAAUUACUGGCAUAAGAGAUCCUGGGCACUAUAGUUAUUCUCUAAUAUGUUGUUGUUUACAUGGAAUGAUUACAAUUUUUAAUGAAUUGGAAAAUGUUCUUACUAAAAAUGAAGCUGUCCAUUGAAAAAAAGUGUCUAUCAAUAAUCUGGUAAACUUUGUGGCCUUGUAAAAAUAUAUGUAUAUUAUAAAGGUUUUUUCUUAACCAUUACGUGCUAUGCUCAUAAUGACAUGCAUGUAUAAAUUAUAAUUUUCUUCACCAAGUGUUUUCAAACAUAGAUUAAAAAAAAUAAAAAAAAUUUCAAAUGGAGCAUUUUUGCAUGCACCUAUUCAUGUAUUGUUACAGUCUAGUAUGUAACAAAUUAUUUGUAUUUGUUAAAUAAUAAUGAUUGUUGUCAGUUGAUGCAAAUUUCUUUGUGGCUGCAGAAAUCAUUAUUUCAUUUUAUGUUGGUUAAGAACAAAAGCUGAUUGCACAAAUAAAAUAUAUUUCUAUAAUAUCAAGCAAUGUACAAAAUAGGAAAACAGUAGUACAUAGCUUAAGAACUGAUGAAAUUAUUUGAUACUACUGUAAUUUUACAUAAAGGUAAAAGUAAAUAAGUAGUGGCUGUAGUAGCCAAUAACAUUAACGUCUCACGAUUCUCAGUAACUAAUUUUAAUGUGACUUGAUAGUGUUUCCCAGGUGAUUUAAAUAUGUAUAUCCCUAGCAUCAAGUAUUAUUUUACACAAGUUGUAACAAAUUAAGUUUAUUUCCUUACAGUGGUUAAUGUAAUUUUUCACUACAUUUGUGCAGUUUUAAUCAAUGACAUUCUAGUAACUGUUAAGCACUACGAUGUCAGACAUGCAAAGAAUUGAUUGUGCAUGGCUAGCUAUAUUGAAAAUGUAAUUGCAAUCGAAGAUGCCUGAAUGAGUAUGCCUUCCUAACAACUUAUUAGUCUGAAUACCAGUUUUUUGGUAGUCUUUUAUUUUCAGAAAUCCAUUGCCUGUAGAACACUGUUUGUAAUUUAUGUAUCACUUAUGAAUUAUGAUUGCUUUUUUUUUUGUAUUUUUUUUUUUUUAUUAUUGCUGAGUUACAUCUUCAGAGCAUUCAUUUUCAGAACAUCUGAGAAUAAUUAAGCAACCAAAGGUGAUAUUUUUAUAUGUGUUGAAGUAUUAAAAGAGUAUAUAUUUUUAUGCUGAAA